UCCCACAUACCUCAUUGCGGUUCUUUACGGAGUCAGUAUAACCACGCCGCCUAGUCCCAGACUCUCCUGACGAGAACGGAGGCUUUCAGGACAAUCCAAAGACUCUUUGGAUAAAACGCGUUCCGCACCUGAUCGCGAAAUGGCAGAAGAAUCAGCCAUCCACAUAGAUGAUACAAAGGCAUCCAACGGCGAUGCGCACCUGGAAGACUCUAGCGUCGCCAAUGGCUCUGCUGAUCACCAGAAAAAAGAGCCGGAGACCACCGCGCAAAAGCUAAAGCGCGUCGCGAAGGCGAACCUGCUGGUUAUCCUGACCGUAGCAGCGGUCAUCAUCGGCGUGUUCAUCGGGCUCGGCGUGCGACAAGCUGGGUUGAGCCAGACGCAGAUCAUCUACUUUGGGUUUCCCGGUGAGCUCCUGAUCCGCCUGCUCAAGAUGAUCAUUAUUCCGCUGGUGGUCUGCAGUUUGGUGUCCGGGGCGGCCAGCAUUGACCCGAGAGCCCUGGGCAAGUUGGGCGGCUGGGCAAUGCUUUUCUUCUUGACCACAACAUUGAUCGCUUCUGCUAUCGGUGUUAUCAUGGCCUUUAUUAUCCAACCAGGAGCAUCCAGUGACGGGAAAAGCAUAUCUCGACUCAAAGAGCAGGACGACAGCAAUGUCCCCGAACCCAAAGAAGUGAUCGACUCGUUUUUAGACUUGAUAAGAAACAUCUUCCCGUCCAACCUGGUUGCAGCUGCAUUUCAGUCUUAUGCCACUGGCUACAAGUUCAAGAAGAACGAUACAAACUCAACCAACUUAUCUUUGGAAAAGGUUCCAGUUGGCUCAGACGUGGAUGGCAUGAACAUCUUGGGACUUAUCGUCUUUGCUAUGGUGUUCGGUGUGGCACUUAGGAAACUCGGAGAGGAGGGAGAAAUCCUUAUUAAGUUCUUCAACUCUUUCAAUGAGGCCACUAUGGUGUUGGUCAGCUGGAUCAUGUGGUAUGCUCCACUGGGUAUCAUGUUCCUGGUAGCGGGUAAGAUUGUAGAAAUGGACGAUGUCGGGAUGCUGUUUGCCAGCUUGGGGAAGUACAUCGCCUGUUGCAUAAUCGGUCACGCCAUCCACGGGCUCCUGGUUCUCCCUCUGAUUUAUUUUGUGAUCACACGGAAGAACCCCUAUACGUUCCUACUAGGCCUGGUUACUGCUCUAGCUACCGCCUUUGGAACUUCGUCUAGCUCGGCUACGCUGCCCUUGAUGAUGAAGUGUGUGGAAGAGAAGAAUGGCGUGUCUAAACACAUCAGUCGCUUCAUCCUGCCAAUCGGAGCCACUGUUAACAUGGACGGAGCCGCCUGCUUCCAGUGCGUAGCCGCGGUCUUCAUCGCUCAGCUUAACGGAUUCCCGCUGAACUUCGUCCAGGUCAUCACCAUCCUAGUUACAGCCACAGCUUCCAGUGUGGGAGCUGCAGGGAUCCCUGCCGGAGGAGUCCUGACGCUGGCCAUCAUUUUGGAGGCAGUGGGACUUCCCACCAACGACCUGUCUCUUAUCCUGGCUGUGGACUGGCUUGUUGACCGCACAUGCACUGUCAUAAAUGUUGAAGGCGAUGCCUACGGAGCAGGUCUUCUGCAGCAUUUUGUGGAUCGCACAGCCAGUAAAAACAAGGAGCCGGAGCUUGAUGAUGUGCACGUCAUGUCGAAGCCAGAAAGUUCCCCGCUAAUGGGAAAGAGGGGAAACACUGAGAAAGAGUCUGCCAUGUAAACAUGCACAGCAUUUGAACAUGAACUUUCUUUCCCUCCCUGCUCGAUCUCCCACAAUCAGUCUUUGCAUCCAAAGAGGCACAGGAGAUAUGCAGGAUUAGAUAAGGACAAGACUAUGACAUCCUUUCGACCCUCCUCUAUACCCAGCUCUUCCAAAAAAAGUCUGCCAAAGAAUAUGUGCGGAGAUUUAGAUAGAGCAUCUUGGAAAAAUGCUUGAACGUUUAUUUAUUAGAUGCUGAUCAGAUCGUCUGGAAAGUUUAGUUUCUUUUUUUGUACUUUCACUCCUAGGGUUUUAAACCUUUUUAUUUAAAUUUACUUCUUUGUUUAAGAAAUCAAUAGGCCUACAGAAAACUCACUCUGUCCCCCCCCCUUUAUUUAAAAGACCUGAUAUUUUUAUGUAAUUCUUAGACUCAUUGAGUCCUUAUAAGCUAAUGUCCAAAUAACUAUUUUUAAACCUUUUACUGUUUGAAAACACACAAAAUAAGUUUUUGAGGAUCUUGAUAGUCUGUUAUAGUGAUACCUUGUUCACUUCUUUUUAAACACACACUAUUAGUAUCUUAAAGAAAAACAUAAGAAGCCCAAACUUUGACCUUAAAUGGGAUUGUUACAGGCUGACCACACUUCUGUUCCAGUCUUUACAUGCAGAUCGCAGUAUGUUUCGAGUAAACCUCUAUGAGGUCUAGCUACACUCGAAGGUCAAACAAAGCACAUUAAUAUGGGUCAUGACAUGUGCAAAGUUCCAAAGCUGUUUGGUUAGCUCAUAGAAAGGUGCACAGGGCUUGCUAGAUAAGACACUAUUUACGGUGCAGAUGUAAAAACUGGAUUAAAAAAAACUAAUUCUGAGAGCGAUUAGUGCAGGUUGGAAGUGAGAUUUUCUCUUUUUUUCCACAAGCAUCGUACAGUGUACUUUGUGUAACGUUGGCUUAAUGAAUUCACGUACAGUAUGUGAUCAGAUCAUACUGUUGCUUUUAUUUUUGCUCGUUUUUCUUUCUAAAUGAAAAUCGUUCAAGUUGUUUUAUUUUAGUAAAUUGUCUAUGAAAACAUACUCCUGAAGUCUAAUGUUCAUUUUCUCUAUGCCUUUUAUUGCAGAGAAGCACAAAUAUGUCUGUAGUUUCCUAAAGCUAGUUUAUUAUACUUUUAUGCAGAAUAUGUUCUGCGAACACUAUGUACUGGGUGACUGUUUAACUAUACCAGAAUAUUCAGCUGGAUUACUUAUUCUACAUCUUUAUAGAGAUGCUUUAUAAAAGUAUAACCUAAAAGCACCACCUACAGUGAAGUAUCGGAUGUCAAGGUUAGAGAGGUGUUUCAAUCGUAUGUUGAUUGAAUGUUUAUCACACUUAACACCUGGGAGAGACCGUUUUUUUGUAGAUGUAACUACGUGAAUGUCUUGCAGUUGAUGAAUAGACCAAGGCUGGUAAUAUUUAUUUGUUUAUUUUCCUGACAUACUUGGAUUUGGUGCUCAUAAUGUGCACAUAAUCAUCUCACAUUUCCAUUUUACUAAGUAAGUGCUCGAGAUGUUUUAUGUGUAAUUGACAUCACUCCUUAAGAUACAUGUCUUUAAAUGUGUACAUUUAACGCCUGCAGUGUGUAAAAUACUGUAAAGGCUUGUCAUUCCAGGUGGCUGUUGUGUAGCUGCCCCAGUGAUGAAUAUAUGUGUCUGUGUGUGAGUUUUGGGCUGAUUGUGUCAUAAAUUGAUGAUGUCAUGAGUGGAGCCAAAGGAAAACCAUUGAAUGUACUCCACACUGACUGCACAAUAAACUAUUUUUUGGGAAUAA